GUUCGGGCGGAUGGAGCCGGCACACAGGCCUCGGCUUCGGCUGAGCCGCCGGAGGCCGCCCUUCGAGGGCAGGCCCCCGAGCCCCGGCCGCGGGUCCAGCCGGGACGGCGACGGCGAGUGCGCGCGGCUGUGGGCCGAGCUGCUGCGCGCGGCGAGCGCGGACCUGAGCGCGGACGGGGAGCCGCCGCCGCUGCCCGCCGCCGGCCAGGAGCCCAGGCACGGACCCCAGCGCGCCGCGUCCCCCGAGGUCUUCACCGUGGGGUCCGAGACCUUUUCCUGGACGCCCUUCCCGCCGGCCCUGAGCGGAGCAGAGGGCCCGGGCCGCUCCUGCCGGGGGCUCCGCGGGGCCGCCGGGCCCCCGGGGUCCCCCGCCCGCUCCCCGCAAGGACGCACCGCGCCGGAGCCCCGCGAGGUGCCCACCGUCCAGGAGCAGCGGGCGGCGGGCGGGGCGCCGACCCUGCAGAGCUGCCCCAUGUGCCAGGCUGACUUCGCGCCCGGGCUGGCCCAGCUGGACAUCGACAGCCACCUCGCCCAGUGCCUUGCGGGCAGCACGGAGGAUGUGGUGUGGUAAGCCGUCAGCCGUCCUCGCCAGGACCAGCGCCCUGCGUGCCCACGUGACGCCAGCGCACAUUGAAACGUGUCCUUGCGCCUGGCAGGCGUGGCUCCGUGGCUGAGGUCGACCCAGCACCAUGAGGUCACGGGUUCGAUUCCCGGUCAAGGCACAUGCCAGGUUGUGGGCCU